AUGUCUCACGUUAUGGACGCACAAACUGGCACACAGGACAUUGCCGUAAUCGGAAUGGCUUGUCGUUUUCCCCAGACUGCAGAGGAUGUCGAGAGCUUUUGGGACACUCUGAUUGCCGGGCGUUCUACGUCAACCGAUUUCCCCCCUGAAAAGAUGAAUGUCAAUGCCCACUAUCAUCCAGAUCCAGACCAUGGGGGCAGUAUGGCUUGUCGGGGAGGCCACUUUUUGUCCGAAAAUGAUCGAAAUUUCGACGCGCCAUUCUUCAGCAUCACCAAGAACGGGGCCAUGGCAAUGGAUCCCCAGGGCCGUAUUUUAAUGGAAAAUGUGUAUCAUGCAAUUGAGAAUGCUGGGCUUACCCUUGGAAAUAUUGCUUCAAACGACGUCUCUGUCUUUGUCGGUGCAUCCAACAACGAUUUCAAGCAGAUCAUGGGAGCCGACGAGCAAUCUCUAUGGAAGUAUCUGCCCCUAGGAACAGCUCCUUCUAUUCUGUCCAACCGCAUUAGCUGGUUUUUCGAUUUCAAAGGAAGUAGUAUGACAGUUGAUACAGCGUGUUCUAGCAGUUUGGUCGCUUUCCAUCUCGGUUGUCAGGACCUUAUAUCAGGGAGCUCUAAGAUUGCCAUUGUCAGUGGCGUUAAUCUGCUUGAUGACCCUGACAUGAUGUACCGCAUGAGCCAUGUGGGAUUUCUAAGCUCUGACAGUAUCUGUCAUAGCUUUGACCAUCGGGCCAAUGGAUAUGCUCGAGGCGAGGGUGUCGGCACAGUGAUCCUCAAACCCAUUCUGGAUGCGAUUCGAGACGGGGACACCAUCCGAGCAGUCGUUCGAGGAACUGGGUCAAACCAGGAUGGCCAUACCCCUGGGAUGUCGGUCCCUAGUUACCAACGCCAAGGGGAACUUAUACGUAAAGUGUAUGCGAAGUCGGGAUUGAAGCUGGAGGAAACUAGUUAUGUUGAGGCUCAUGGUACUGGGACGCCAGUCGGUGAUCCCAUCGAGGCUCGCGCUAUGGGGACUGUUUGGAAGUCACGGAAAGAUUUGAAUCUCCCUCCUUUGGUCAUAGGGGCUGUCAAGUCCGUGAUCGGCCACUUAGAGGGAGCAUCAGGUCUGGCUGGUCUGAUUAAAACAGUUCUUGUUCUUGAGCGAGGUAUAAUUCCACCGAACCUUAACUUUGAGAAAGUGAACCCAAAGAUUCCGGUCAAAGAAUGGCAUCUUCAGUUUCCUCAGGUAGUCACCCCAUGGCCAGGCCAUGGUUUACGGCGGGCUUCUGUCAGCUCAUUCGGUGUCGGAGGAACGAAUGCCCACGUCAUCAUGGAGGAUGCGUAUCAUUAUCUGCAGUCUCACAGCUUAGAGGGAACUCAUUGCACUGUCAGCCCUGCCUCUGAAGUCGCAGCCAACGACCAAAACUGUUGCAUGGAAGGGGUUAUAAAGGAGAGUGAUUUACCUGACCAGCAAGAGAAUUUAUACAACAGGUCCCAGGAGCAGACUCAAUCCCAGGAGCAUAGCCUGCUCCAAGCGAGUAUGAAGGAAGACAAGGAAGAACCUUUCCCAAUAAGGUCCUUCAUAUGGUCAUCCUCUGAUGAGGAUGGUCUAAACCGAAUUUUCAACCAAUAUCACACUUGGCUCCGAGACCGUUCGGGCAUUGAGAAUGAAGAUCAGCUUCUUGCAGACCUGGCUUACACUCUGACCGAGAAAAGAACACAGUUCUCAUGGCGUUCCUUUGCCAACGCCAGCUCUCUAGCGGAACUCCUGAAGCGACUGGCUGAGGGUCCCAAGUUUGUUCGUCAUAUGAAACCAAGUAAGAUCCCUAUGCUAGGAUUUAUCUUUACAGGGCAAGGGGCCCAGUGGGCUGGAAUGGGGAAGGAACUGCUCAGGUUUCCAGUUUUCCGUCAGAGUUUCGAUGAUGCCAAUCGCUAUCUACGUAGCAUAGGUAAUCCGUACGAUAUCAAGGAGGAACUUCUGAGAGAUACUAAAAAAUCUCAAAUCAAUCAACCCGACCUCAGCCAAGUUGUCUCGACAGUGAUUCAGAUCAGCCUGGUUGACCUCCUGCGGCAGUGGAACGUUAGGCCAAACAGAGUGGUCGGGCAUUCUUCAGGGGAAAUUGCCGCUGCCUACUGUGUAGGAGGACUAAACCGUGAAUCGGCCUGGAAAGUUGCUUUUUUCCGUGGUAUUGUCGCAUCUACACUAGUGGAUUCAGGGGGCCGUAUGCUUGCCGUCGGCAUGGGCGAAGAUGCACUUCGGCCGCAUUUGGAGGCAGUACAUCGGGAACUUCACGGGGAAUUGUCUAUUGCAUGCUUCAACAGCCCCACAAACCUCACUGUUGCGGGCGAUGGGAACAUGAUAGACCUUCUCUCCUUGCGACUUAGGAGCGAAGGUGUAUUUGCACGCCAGCUCAGGGUCCAGGUCGCAUAUCAUUCUGCCCACAUCAAACAAGUCGCUGACGAAUAUCGCCGGCUGAUGGGCGAGAUAUCUGUGGGCAAUGUAACAUGGCCUCAUUCUGAGCCUGUCAUGGUGUCUUCAGUCACGGGAAGACCUGUCAAUCCGUCCUCUCUUGCGGAUGCUGACUACUGGGUGCGAAAUAUGAUGUCGUCUGUACAGUUCGUUUCCGCCAUUGAAAGUCUUAUCAACACCAUCGCCUCGAAAGGCAAACAAAAAACCACAGUGGUGGGCGGAGAGCAAAGCAACAUCCUAAAUUUGGUUGAGCUGGGUCCUCAUCCCGCGAUGCAAAGUGCAGUAAAGGAAAUUGUGGGAGCGAAUAACCCCGUCGCAGGCCGAGUUUCAUACUACUGGGCUAUCCAACGCAACACCUCAGCCAUGACCCAGUCACUUGACCUUGCUGCUAAGCUAUUCUGUGAAGGCUAUCCGGUAGCCUUUUCCAAAGUCAAUCAAAACUCCGGUGGACGAAUGAUGGUUGAUAUUCCUCCGUAUACCUUCAAUCAUACUCGUGAAUAUAAUCCAUUCGGUCGACUGAGCAAAAGUCUCCUCUAUCGCCAGCGUCCUCGGCAUGACCUCCUCGGGGCGCCAGUUCGAGACUGGAAUGUAGAAGAGCCCCGGUGGAGAAACUUCCUUCGAGUUCAUGAAAUUCCAUGGGUCAAGGACCAUGAGAUCACCGGCCAAUUGAUCUAUCCAGGCACCGGCUAUCUGGUCAUGGCAAUCGAAGCGGUCAAGACGCUGGCCGAUCCCAAGUCUACUGUCAGCGGGUACCGCUUACGAGAUGUUGUUUUCAAGGCUGUCUUGCGAAUUCCAGAUACAACGGAAGGCGUAGAAAUCAUGAUCACCCUCCGUCGCAAACCAGAGUCAACCUUCAGUAGCUCAUCUAUCUGGUUUGAAUUCAAGAUCUCUUCAUACCAAACCAAAACGGAGGGUUGGAUUGACCAUUGUACUGGUUUAGUGGCAGUGGAAUAUGGCAGCAAGAAGAACAACCCAAUUAUCAAGAAUGACCUAUCCGCUGCCAUCAAGCAAAAUUUCGAUGCUCUUAGAGAUAGAGCCAAUGAUGAAUGCACUGUCCCCGUUGACGUUGAGAAAAUGUGGGCAGAUCUGGGCUCCAAUGGCCUGGUGUUCGGCCCAACCAUGCACGGCCUUUCUAGUGCCUCUCGAGGUAAUGGAACAGGCCAGGCAUUUGGAAUUGUUCGCGUUCCAGACGUUCGCACUAGCAUGCCUUACGAGGCAAUGGAGCCGCAUAUCAUGCAUCCAGUGACCAUGGACUCUUGUACACAACUGACGUUCGUGUCGAUUGGCGAUUUGAUUAACCAAAAACCUUCUGCUGAGAUCAUGUUGCCACGGUCAAUCAAAGAGCUCUGGUUGGCGCCAAAUAUUGCUAACGAGCCUCGGGCAGAGAUCAAUUGCUAUGUCACGUCCAAGAGAGCUUCACAUAAUUCGAUUGACCAUGACGUGACAGCAUGGAGUGCCGGCGCUACAAUGCCAGAAUUCCGCAUUUGGCAAUAUCAAACAGUGCUUUUAGAACGACCCGCAUACAAAGGUCAUCAUUACCAACAGCCAUGGACUUUGGUGUGGAAGCCAGAUGUUAAUUUGAUGGAACCGCAAGAGACAAUAGACUACCUCCGCCAGGCUUGUGUAAACAAUGGAGCUAGCGAGCGUGAGCAGAAUGCAAAGGAUUUAUCAAAUGAUUUAAAUCAUGCGGUUGCAAUGCUUGCUCAGAAAGCUCUAGCCAGUAUAAAGGCACUUGGCUCCCCCUCUUUGCCGUCUCACCUCAAAAAGUACCUUACCUGGCUUCAAGAGAUACAACACCUUCUGCAGAUGAAUCCAGACUCUUCGCAAAACCAAGACAUGUUGAUUCAACAAGCCGCUUCUACUUCCGUGGAAGGGGAGCUGAUUGCAUGUGUUUCAAGCCAUUUUGACUCAAUCAUAAAUGGCCAGACUGAUCUUUUCAACCUUCUAUCUCGGGAUGGCCUGUUGGAUCGCUUCUAUGCGGAAAACCAAUCGUCCAAGCGCAUACAAGAGUUACUCCGCGCGUACGGUGACAUCUAUGGACAUCAGACAGGAGAAUUGAAGGUUCUCGAGGUUGGAGCCGGUGAUGGUGCGAGUACUAAGGCCUUCCUCCCCGGUCUAGCCACUAGCCUGUACACUUAUACGGACAUUUCGACGGCCUUCUUUGCCAAGGCACAGAAGUCUUUUGGUGCAUGGUCAAACUCAAUUGAGUAUCGCAAAUUCAAUAUCGCGCAGGACUUCUCGGAGCAAGAAUUGAAGGAGAGUUCAUUUGACCUCAUUUUGGCUGUGGAUGUAGUCCAUGCGGCUCCAGACACCACUUACGCCUUACAAAACCUCAAGUCAUUGCUGAAAAAGUCCGGAAAGCUGAUUCUGGUCGAGAUUUGCAAAAUCGAUACUCUCCUCUACCCACUAGUCUUCGGCUUAAAUCCGGGAUGGUGGCUGAGUAAGGAAGAAAGCCGUAAAGCCGGUCCCCUGCAGUCUGCUGCUUGGUGGUCCGAGAAACUCAAAGUAUCAGGGUUCUCUGAAGUUGAGCUUUCUAUUGGCGAUUCCACGGCUCCAGCAAUUUCGGAGCGCACCUUGAUGAUUGCUGGUGUUCCAGGCCUAGGCGAGGAUAUUAAGCAAUCCUCGGAGAUACAAGCGGCACCGAUGAUUGUCACACCUCCUCAACCAUCGUCUGAAGUCGGCGAGAUUGCUGAUACACUUAGCGAAAGUCUGGCCUCUCCUGGGAGCAGAUGUACUAUCGUCAAUAUCCUCAGUGUCACACAUCAGGCAGACCUGCGAGGAAAGAUAUGCAUCAUCAUAGAUACACAGGGGUGUCUUCUUUCUCGCAUGAGUGACGAUCUAAUGGCCAAUCUUCAACAUCUUCUCAAGACCUGUGGCAGCAUCCUAUGGGUCCGAGGAGACGACCGGAAAGAUCCAAAUGCUGCUCUUAUCACCGGUCUCAUCCGUACUGUGGGAUGGGAGCAGGACUUCCGUGAACAGAACCUCGUGACAUUGGAAAUUUGCCACGGGCACAAUGCUCAGGGAGCCAUUCAACGUAUCGAAAGGAUUUACCAACAUGAAUUUGCAUCAGAAUUGAAGUCCAGUGUCAAAAAGCGCAACGCUGAGUACAGGGCUUCCGUCGUCGGCCCCCUCCAAACCAACCGCUUGGUUUUACAGAAGUCUCUGGAUCAUUUCAUGGCCAACAAAUUUGCUACGAUGACUCCUGAAAGUAUGCGUCUGGGCGAUUCGCCCAAUCGAGUGUUAUCUUUGACAAUCGACAGCCCAGGUCUUUUGGAUCGAUUAUAUUUCAAGGACUGCGGUGUCUACGCGAGUCCGCUGAAAAAUGACGAAGUCGAAUACAAAGUCCAUGCAACCGGCCUCAACUUCCUUGAUGUUAUGUCCGCUAUGGGUGAAGUGCCAACGACCAAGUUUGGAGGCGAGGCGUCCGGCAUCGUAACGCGAGUUGGCCCCAAUGUAAAGAGGCUGCGCCCCGGACAGCGUAUAGCGGCAAUCUCAGUCUGUACUGGCACUUUUCAAACAAUCGCUCGUACCGUGGAAAAUGCAGCUAUCGCCAUACCAGAGGAAAUGAGCUUUCAACAUGCUGCAGGGUUCCCAAUUGUCUAUGCCACGGUGUUCUGUUGCUUGGUCGAGAUUGCGCGUUUGAAGAAAGGGGAGUCCAUUUUGAUCCAUGCGGCAGCAGGCGGCGUAGGGCAGGCGGCUGUGAUGCUCGCCAACCACAUCGGGGCUCGGGUUUUCGCGACCGUUUCUUCUGAAUCCAAGAAAAAGAUUGUGCUCGAAUAUGGCGUACGUGAGGAGCACAUCUUUUACAGCCGCGACCUUGCUUUCAAGGAGAUGGUCAUGCAGCAAACCAAUCAACGUGGGGUGGACGUGGUCUUGAACUCGCUGGCAGGCGAAGCUCUUCGGGCAACUUUUGAAUGCCUGGCCCCAUGUGGUCGUUUCAUCGAAAUUGGUAAACGCGACUUUGUAACGAACGGACGUCUUGAUAUGGCACCCUUCCUCCGCAGCGUGACCUUUGCUGCCUGUGACCUCGACACCAUCAUACAACAUGACCCCGUUCGGGGUAAUAAUCUCCUUCAAGGCGCAAUGGAACUUUGGCAACUUGGGGUCUUCCGGCCGACGUCUCCGUUCACAGCGUUCAAGUACUCCCAGUUGGAAAUGGCGUUCCGUCAGCUCCAGUCUGGUAAACAGAGCGGCAAGGUGGUAUUGACCAUCAGUGAUGAUGACGUUGUCCAGGCUCUUCCCUCGCUCCCCCCACCAUAUCGAUUCCCAGAAAAUGCUACAUAUCUGCUCAGCGGUGGUCUUGGUGGUCUUGGUCGGAGUGCAGCACGGUGGAUGGCGUCUCGUGGGGCAAAACACCUACUAUUCCUCUCAAGGUCCGGUGGCUCGAAUGCUGAUGCACAGGUCCUACUCAACGAAUUGAUUGACGCUGGGUGCGAUGCGCAGGUCCUCCGGGUUGAUGUUGGUGACUCGGUUGCCUUGGAUCAAGCGAUCAGAGCUCAUACGAAAACAAUGCCCCCUAUCCGGGGUUGUAUUCAAGGUGCGAUGACAUUGCUGGAUUCUACGUUUGAAACGAUGACAUCGACCCUCUUUGAAGCGAGCGUUAGGACUAAGGCACGGGGAUCGUGGAACCUCCACGAGGUGCUUCCAAAGAAUCUCGACUUUUUCAUCCUCUUGUCUUCAUGCAGUGGUGUUGUCGGGAACCGUGGCCAGGGCAACUACAACGCUGGUAACACGUUCCAGGACGCCCUAGCUCACUACCGUCGAUCCCAGGGCUUAAGUGGAACAUCGCUCAACCUAGGCCAUAUGCUGGACAUUGGCGUGAUUGCGGAACGAACGGAUAAUUUAUUCACUACAUCCCUCCGAGCCGCAUUAGGGAACCAAGGCGUUUCACAGGACGAGUUCCAUGCACUUUUAGAGUACCAUUGCAAUGCUCAAAACGUGGAUGUGUGUCCACAGACUGUGGUGGGACUUUGUACUCGUGAGCAGUUCCUCGCAGACAACCUACCAGAACCUAGCUUCCUAUCCUAUCCCCUAUUCACCCAUCUCUGGCGCCUCGGUGGCUCUGAGGGAAGCGAGGGCAACAAUUCCAUCGCUACAAAAUUAUCAAUCAAGGGGGCAUUAGACAAAGCCCAACCAGAAAAAAUACUUCAGGUUGUGAUUGAAGGUAUCAUUGAGAAAUUGUCCAACUUGCUGGCCAUAUCUGCCACGGAGAUCGAUAGCGACACGGCCCCUUCCAAUUAUGGUGUUGACUCCCUUGUGGCUAUUGAGAUUCGCAAUUGGCUGUCAAAGGAGAUAAGUGUGGAAGUUGGAGUGUUGGAUAUUGUGGGCAGUCAGUCGAUUGUCCACUUAGGGGAGCGGGUGGUCAAAGCUAAGGGUUAA